CAGACCGGCUCGGAGAGGAGAGCAGAUUUUUAUCACGUUGGAAACAGUGUUUUGAGUGAUUGUAGUAAAGUUUAUUUUUGCAUUUGCACCUUUUUUGUCAUUAAAAAUGCCUGAACGCGCUUCGUGUGAAGUAAUAAAAGGAGCCGACCGGCUCCGCUUGCGUGCUCUUUCUCGCUCGCGCAGCCGAUGGGCUCCGAUUGCGUGCUCUUUCUCUAUCGCGUAGCCGAUCGGCUCCGAUUGCGUGCCCGCUGCGGCCGCGCCGACCGCCAUUUUGAUAGCAACAUUUGAACGUAAUAGUUGUGCGUACUUGUACGAAAAGAUGAAUGAUGAAAAAUUAAUAAUACUCGUGUCAAAAUAUGAGUGUUUAUUUGACAUAACCAAGCCAUCAUAUAGCGAUCGGAUAAUGAAAGACAAUGCAUGGGAGGAAAUUAGCAAAUGUCUCGGAAUAAGUGUGACGCAGUGCCAGGAUCGUUGGAAGAAACUGCGAGAUAACUUCAGAAAAGCCUAUUAUAACCGAAAAGGCAAGAGUGGCGAUGGUGCAACUACGUCCAAAUUGAUAAAAUUUGAAAAAGAACUUUCUUUUAUAAUACCAUUUUUUCGCAAUCGAAACCAAAUAUCUAAUGUAACAUUAUCAUCGGAUGAUUCAGAGCCUGGCACACCAAUACCACCACCAUCGACAUCAUCUAAACGUUCUGACCAUUCUGAAGUUGAAUCGCUUGCAAGUACUUCUGGCUCGAAAAAGAGACCACGCUUAAGCAAAGAUGUUGCUACGGUUUUCGAAGAGUAUCUUGAAGAAAAAAGAAAUACUACACCCCGUGACAAGGCAUUACGUAAUUUUUUUUUGUCUAUGUCAGAUACAGUGGAAACAUUCCCAAAAGAAGUCCAAGCACGAAUUAAAAGGCGCGUGUUUAACAUUGUUAAUGAAGCUGAAUUAAGUCUGUAUGAAAAUAGUACAGAUUUGAAUUAUUCUUUGUCUAUAAAUUCACCGCCAUCGACUAAUCAAUCUACUUACCUAGUGUCAAACGAAACCUAUAUUCCUCAAAACUAUCCAGAUCAGACUACUUACGGGUACAAUACCAGCACACAAAAUACAAAAUAAUAAACAAUCAAAAACAAUAAUAAUUAUAAUAAUAAUAAUUAAACACACACAAAUCUGUACUAUUUAAUUACAUUUCAUUAACGUAAAUAAUGCUUAAUAAAUGGAGGGCUGUGAUUUUGUGAUCUAUUUAGAUGUUUGUGUUAUUUAACAUGAUUAGUAUAAGUAAUUUACAUUUCAUUAACGUAAACAAUGCUUAAUAAAUGGAGGGCUGUGAUUUUGUGAUCUAAAUAACAUGAUUAGUAUAAAUAAUUGUUUUUUAUUUACCUUAAAGUUACCGUUAACCUUUCUUCGGCUGUAAUGGUGCAACGAUAAUUUGUAGUCUUUUUUGUUAUAUGUACUCUUAACAAAUCUGUCAAUUUCAAAAAUUGCCAAUAUUCCAUACGAUAAUACUCAUAAAAUUUU